GGACACUCACUCACACUCUCACUCUCUCUCACACACACACACACACACACACACACACACACAGAGAUCCAUGCGGAGCACCGACCCAGGUGCCACCAUGGACCAGGAGGGGAACGUGACGAGGACAGCUAGAAACAGAGGGUGGUUACCGUAGUAACUGGAUCUCUCCUCUUCACCUCUGUGCCUGGUGAUGCUGUCUCUCUAUCUGGCUUCUCUUCUCUCGCUUCUAGAUACACUACCUCUACACUGAUAGUGGAUGACACAGAAACAGGAGGGGCUGGUUUCUCAUCUUUUCACCCUAACUGAGAAGGGAACCUUAUUCUCCGACACUCUCCUUGUCAGGACGGAACCCUACACUUUUUCCCUUUCCUUAUCUUUUUCUCUGAGAUCGUUGGCUUCCACUUCCCUGGGAUUUCUAACGUUUUUAUUCCGCCAUGGCUCACGCAGCCUCCGCAUUGAAGAAGAACCGGGACGUGGAUGUCAAUGCUAUCGAGGAUGAGAAAGAAAAGAAAAGGAGAAUUAAGAAACUUGCGUCCCGGGAACAAAAGAGAAAGUCGGACAGCAAUGCCAGUUACCUGCGAGCAGCGCGGGCUGGGAACCUUGAAAAGGCCCUGGACUACCUGAAGUCUGGGGUGGAAAUCAACAUCUGCAACCAGAAUGGAUUGAACGCUCUUCAUCUGGCCUCUAAGGAGGGUCAUGUGGAGGUGGUGGCUGAGCUGCUGAAGCUAGAAGCCAAUGUGGACGCAGCAACCAAGAAAGGAAACACCGCUCUUCACAUAGCCUCCCUGGCCGGCCAAACGGAAGUGGUGAAAGAGCUGGUCACCAAUGGAGCCAAUGUCAACGCACAGUCUCAGAAUGGCUUCACCCCACUGUACAUGGCUGCCCAGGAGAACCAUCUGGAGGUGGUACGCUUCCUCCUGGGACACAACUCCAGCCAGAGUAUGGCCACCGAGGACGGGUUCACUCCUCUGGCGGUGGCCCUGCAGCAGGGGCAUGACCAGGUGGUGUCUCUGCUCCUGGAGAAUGACACCAAGGGCAAGGUGCGUCUGCCCGCCCUGCACAUCGCCGCCCGCAAGGACGACACCAAGGCUGCAGCGUUACUUCUCCAGAACGACCACAAUGCAGAUGUCGAGUCCAAGAUGAUGGUGAAUAGAACGACAGAGAGCGGCUUCACUCCUCUCCACAUCGCUGCUCACUAUGGAAACAUCAACGUGGCCACGCUUCUGCUGAACCGAGGGGCCGCUGUGGACUUCAUGGCCAGGAAUGACAUCACACCUCUCCAUGUGGCAUCUAAAAGAGGAAAUAGUAAUAUGGUCAAACUGCUGUUGGACAGAGGCUCCAAAAUCGAUGGCAAGACCAAGGACGGACUGACACCUCUUCACUGUGGAGCGAGGAGCGGUCAUGAACAAGUGGUUGAGAUACUGCUGGACCGCGGAGCACCCAUUCUGUCCAAGACAAAGAACGGGCUGUCCCCUUUGCACAUGGCCACUCAGGGCGACCACAUCAACUGUGUCCAGCUACUCCUCCAGAAUGACGUCCCUGUCGAUGAUGUCACCAAUGACUACCUGACAGCGCUACACGUGGCCGCACACUGUGGACACUACAAAGUGGCCAAGCUCAUAGUGGACAAGAAAGCCAACCCAAACGCUAAAGCACUGAACGGCUUCACCCCGCUUCACAUCGCCUGCAAGAAGAACCGCGCCAAAGUGAUGGAGCUGCUGCUGAAACACGGCGCAUCGAUCCAGGCUGUGACCGAGUCUGGACUUACUCCUAUCCACGUGGCAGCCUUCAUGGGACAUGAUAACAUUGUCAACUCUCUGACACAUCACGGAGCUUCACCCAACACCACCAACGUGAGGGGUGAGACAGCGCUGCACAUGGCAGCACGGGCGGGUCAGGCGGACGUGGUGCGAUACCUGCUGCAGAAUGGAGCUAAUGUGGAGACCAAGGCCAAGGACGACCAGACGGCGCUGCACAUCUCUAGCCGGCUGGGGAAGGCUGACAUCGUCCAGCAGCUGCUACAGCGGGGGGCUUCUGCCAAUGCUGCCACCACGUCAGGCUACACACCCCUCCACCUGGCUGCCCGCGAGGGCCACGAGGACGUAGCCGCCAUGCUGCUGGACCAGGGUGCAUCACUCUCAGCCUCCACUAAGAAAGGGUUCAGUCCUCUUCACGUGGCAGCCAAGUAUGGGAAGAUGGAAGUGGCCAGCCUGCUCCUUCAGAAGAGAGCAGCUCCAGAUGCAGCUGGAAAGAGUGGGCUAACUCCACUGCAUGUAGCUGCUCACUACGAUAAUCAGAGAGUGGCUCUACUGCUUCUGGAUCAGGGAGCAUCUCCCCACGCCUCCGCCAAGAAUGGCUAUACACCCCUCCACAUAGCUGCCAAGAAGAACCAGAUGGACAUAGGGACCACGCUACUGGAGUACGGGGCGGACACCAACGCUGUGACCCGCCAGGGCAUCAGUCCUGUUCAUCUGGCUGCACAGGAGGGCAGUGUGGACCUGGUCUCUCUGCUCCUCUCCAAGAACGCCAAUGUCAACAUGGGCAACAAGAGCGGCCUCACACCCCUCCACUUAGCAGCGCAGGAGGACAAAGUCAACGUGGCAGAAGUCCUGCUCAACCAGGGGGCGGACAUCGACCCCGAGACAAAGAUGGGAUACACUCCGCUGCAUGUGGCUUGUCACUAUGGCAACAUCAAGAUGGCAAACUUCCUCAUACAGAACCAGGCCAGAGUUGAUGGCAAAACAAAGAACGGCUACACGCCACUCCACCAGGCGGCGCAGCAGGGUCACACCCACAUCAUCAACCUGCUGCUGCAGCACGGAGCCUCGGCCAAUCAGCUGACCGUGAACGGGAACACAGCCUUGUCCAUUGCCCGUCGCCUUGGUUACAUCUCAGUGGUGGACACUCUCAUGCCGCUGACUGAUGAGAAUCUGACCUCUGUGACUACGACAGAAAAACACAAAAUGAACGUCCCCGAGACCAUGAACGAGUUUCUGGACAUGUCUGAAGAUGAAGUCAAGGCUAAUGUGCCGGAAAUUCUCAAUGAGGACUGUAUUUCAGAUGUUGACGAAGGUGAGGAUGCAAUGACCGGAGACACUGACAAAUAUCUGCGGCCCCAGGACCUCAAGGAGCUGGGGGACGACUCUCUCCCGCAGGAGGGCUACAUGGGGUUCAGCAUAGGAGUCCGCUCAGCAAGCCUCCGCUCCUUCAGUUCGGAUAGGUCCAACACCCUCAACCGCAGCUCCUACGCACGGGACAGCAUGACGAUAGAGGAGAUCCUCGCCCCGACCAAGGACACACUUCAGAGUGUCUGUAAAGACCUUUCCUACUUGGUUGACCCUCUCAAUAAGCACCUGGCUGUAACCCGGGACUACGAUGCAGAGUGCCUGAGGCGCUACAGCUGGACCCCAGACACCAUGGACCACAGCAACACUGUGUCCAGCCCCAUUCACUCAGGAUUCCUGGUUAGCUUCAUGGUGGAUGCUCGUGGGGGGUCCAUGAGAGGAAGCCGAAGCAACGGCAUGCGUAUCAUCAUCCCGCCCCGGAAGUGCACGGCUCCCACCCGCAUCACCUGCCGCCUGGCCAAGAGGCACAAGCUGGCCUACCCCCCGCCCAUGGUGGAGGGAGAGGGCCUGGUCAGCAGGCUGGUUGAGGUCGGUCCUGCAGGAGCCCAGUUUCUGGGCCCUGUAAUCGUGGAGAUUCCUCAUUUUGGCUCCAUGAGGGGGAAGGAGAGGGAGCUGAUUGUACUCAGGAGCGACAAUGGUGACACAUGGAAGGAACACCAGUACGACUGCCAUCCAAGUGACAUCACAGACAUUCUGAACGGGAUGGACGAAGAACUGGACAGCAAUGCUGAGCUGGAGAAGAAGCGUAUUUGUCGGAUCAUCACCAGGGACUUCCCCCAGUACUUUGCGGUGGUGUCCAGGAUCAAGCAGGAGAGUAACCACAUGGGUCCAGAGGGUGGAACGCUGACCAGCCAGACAGUGCCCAUGGUCCAGGCUUCGUUCCCACAGGGGGCGCUCACCAAAAAGAUACGCGUUGGCCUGCAGGCUCAGCCCGUCCCAGACGACAUGGUGAGGAAUCUUCUCGGCAACAGGGCCACUUUUAGCCCUAUAGUUACCGUGGAGCCCAGGAGGAGGAAGUUCCACAAGCCCAUUACCAUGACGAUCCCUGUUCCACCCCGAUCUGCAGAAGGCCACCCCAGUGGACACAGGGGGGACUCCACCCCCUGCCUGCGCCUCCUCUGCAGCAUCACAGGUGGAACAUCUCCUGCCCAGUGGGAGGACAUCACAGGGACCACUCCCCUGUCCUUUGUCACAGACUGUGUUUCCUUCACAACAAAUGUGUCGGCCAGGUUCUGGCUUACAGACUGUCACCAGACUCCUGAGACGGUCGGUCUGGCCUCACAGCUAUACCGGGAGCUGAUCUGUGUGCCAUACCUGGCCAAGUUUGUGGUGUUUGCCAAGAUGAACGAUCCUGUGGAGUCACGCCUCCGCUGCUUCUGCAUGACGGACGACAAGGUGGACAAGACUCUGGAACAACAGGAGAACUUUGAGGAGGUGGCCAGGAGCAAGGACAUUGAGGUCUUGGAGGGCAAGCCUAUCCAUGUGGAUUGCUAUGGCAACUUAUCUCCUCUUACCAAGAGUGGGCAGCAGCUGAUCUUCAACUUCUUCUCUUUCAAAGAGAACCGGCUUCCUUUCAAUGUGAAGGUCAGAGACAUGGGCCAAGAACCAUGCGGUCGACUCUCAUUCUUGAGAGAGCCAAAAACCACUAAAGGUCUUCCACAGACUGCUGUAUGUAAUUUGAAUAUCACACUGCCAACUCAUAAGAAGGACAUGAUGGAGUCUGAUCCUGAUGAUGAGACUGAAAAACCAGACCGACGUCAUACCUUUGCCUCCUUAGCUUUGCGUAAGCGCUACAGCUAUCUGACCGACCCUGCAGCGAAAACAACUGACCGGAGCUCGCCGAGAACACAGCCUACUGGCUACACUCACAAACCUGUCUUUUCAACGAGAUCUUAUCAGGCGUGGUCGGCUGUUCCUGUCUCCGUCCCUGGCCAAGCCAAGUCUGGAUUCGGUUCCCACUCCAGUUCAUCGUCCAACACGCCCACUGCCUCUCCACUGAAGUCUGUGUGGUCCAUCACCUCAGCGUCCCCCAUCAAGUCCAACAUAGGCGGCUCACCGGCCCAUUCCAUCAAGUCAGUCAGCGACAUAGCUUCCCCCAUCAGGUCGUACAGGACCAUUUCAUCCCCAAUAAAGACUGUAGUUCAGCAGGCCCAGUACCCAGUUCAGGUUACCCCCAGUCUCCAGUCAUCGCCAGUCAGAAGCAUUCCAGACCAUGUUUCCAUCAAGGGACUGGCAGCAUUGUCUACUAGAACCUCUCCUAUCACCACUGGUGGAGGGUGUCUGCUAGAAAGGUCAUCAAUCACCAUGACGCCACCUGCUUCCCCUAAAUCCUCACUGAACAUGUACAGUUCAACUCUUCCAUUCAAGGGUGUCAUUGUGGGCACUGGCACAACAACAUCGUCCUCUCCUAUAAAAACUGUUCCUGGCCUCUCCUCUGUCCGGUCCAGUGCAGACCCCUCAAGCCCCUCAAGGAGUCUAUUUUCCUCCCUCUCAUCACCAAUUAAAUCCAACACUCCUCCUAGUGCUGCAGCUCUGAUCAAUGGAACAGUAUCCCCUACAAAGUACCGCUCCUCCUCCCCCACGUCCCUACUCUCCAGCAGCUUACAGGGGAGGAUACAGGCAACCACCAAUGCAGCAACAACAAGCGUAAAUGCAGCCUUUGACGAGGUUGAAAAAACGUUCAAUUCCUGCUCUGCCUCUGGAUAUGGCACUCUCAAGUCCAUGUCCUCCUCAGCGUCAUCCUCUUACCAGUCCAUAAGAUCCUCAGCCUCUAGUUCCCUAUAUGCCUCUUUACGGUCCCCACUAAACCCACCAAGCCCAAUGACUGUCCCAGUGUAUUCAAUUAUAAAUGUUUUGCCAGAACCCCAAUUUAAAAAGCUCCCUGAGGUGUCAAAGUCAGCUGCUGCCCUCUUGUCCCCUCGAAAAACUAUGCCUGCUGAGACAAACUCUCAAGCCCAGUCUUCCUUUGCCAGAACUCUGUCACCUGUCAAAUCCCCCUUAUUCAUGUCCCCGGCUGCCCUAAAAUCCACCACCUCAUCCCCGCUGUCCUCCAGCCAAGAGAUACUGAAGGACGUGGCAGAAAUGAAAGAGGACUUGAUACGGAUGUCUAACAUCUUGCAAACAGAACCAAGUUCAGCUUCCAAAGGUUUCCAGUCUGACUUCCCCAAAGAGGCUAGAAUGGAGGACGAGGAGCCUUACAGAAUUGUAGAGAAGGUGAAACAGGACCUGGUCAAAGUUAGUGAGAUACUAACCAAGGAUACGGUCAAGAAUAACAAGACAGCUUUUAAAACAAAUACAACAGAUGAGGUACAGUUCUCUAAACAAGUGCCAGUGGAUCCCCAGCAAAGCAACUGGAGUUAUCCACCAAGAUAUGAGACAGUGGUCCCUCAAAUCAAAACUAAGACUAUACCAGACAGAGAUUUCAAUCUAUCGAAGGUGGUAGACUACUUGACAAAUGACAUUGGCAGUAGCUCUAUCUCAAAAAUUGCAGAUGUAAAGCAUAGAUCUGAUGAGGUUAGAAGAGAAGGAGAGGAGAAACAGAAACGUAUGCUUAAACCUGAGCACAAGCUGAAAAUGCCACCCGCAAACAUGCGGUCCUCUGCCUCAGAAAAGGAGCUCUGUAAACUAGCAGAUGUGCUAUUUGGGCCUGAUGCCAUGUUAGAAUCUCCAGAUGACAUCUCACAUGACCAGGACAAGAGUCCCCUCUCAGACAGUGGCUUUGAGACAAGGAGUGAAAGGACGCCAUCUGCCCCACAGAGUGCAGAAGGCAUGGGACCCAAGACGCUUUUCCAGGAUAUUCCACCAGUAAUCACGGAGACAAGGACUGAGGUUGUUCAUGUUAUUAGGAGCUAUGAGUCUCCUGAAGAUAACAAGCAACCAAUGAUGGAGGAUACAAGGGCGGUUAGAUACAUUGAUGCUGAGCCCAAAGGGCUGAAUGCAUCCAAUGUGGACCAAACAAAAUCAUUUCAGAUGAAAAUCAGCCCGGACGAUGACUCGAUGGGCAAGGGCAUGCGAGUUAAGGAAGAGACCCACAUCACAACUACCACCCGAAUGGUGUACCACAAACCCCAAAGUAAAGAGAAUACAUCAGAGAGGAUUGAAGAAUCAAUGUCAGUGCAUGAUAUCAUGAAAGCUUUCCAGUCCGGCAGGGAUCCCUCCAGAGAACUUGCUGGACUGUUCGAGCACAAGGCCGGCAACGAUGACACAUCACAGAGAGUUCUUGAAGAUAUCAGCUCAAAGCCCAAAGUUGAAAGAAUAAUUGAGGUUCACAUUGAAAAGGGCAAUAAAACUGAACCAACUGAGGUCAUCAUCCGGGAGACAAAAAAUCGCCCAGAGAAGGAGAUGUACUUCUACCAAGGGAACAGUGGAAUGUCACGACAGGGAGAGGAGGAGCCUGAAGAAUCGCUCCCCUGUUACCUAGAGUCUUCCAGAGUAAACACGCCCAUGACACAGGAAGAUGAUAGUCAUCCAAGCUCUGAACAGCUCAUGGCAGACGACUCAUACAAAACCCUGAAGUUACUCAGCCAACACUCUGUGGAAUAUAAUGAUGAUGAAUCAUCAGAACUCAGAGGAGAGUCUUACAACUUUGCCGACAAAAUGCUUCUCUCUGAGAAACCAGACUCGUCUCACUCUGACACUGAGGAGUAUUUAAGGGACAGGUCUCGUUUUCAAUCCCCAGAUAGGAGUUGUUAUAGUCAGGGAAGGUCUAGUGGAUCAAGGCAAGAAUAUAUUUUGAAGUCAUCAAACACAGACAAAUCAGGUCAAAUUGCCAAUGUAGACGAUAACUUUGACAAACUAACACUGUUGCAGUAUUCCUCAGAACCUGGUAGCCCAAAGCACUCUGUUUGGAUGCGUGUCGCUGAUGACAGACAGGGCAAGAAUAGAGAAAAGCUGAUAUAUGAAGACAGAGUAGACAGAACUGUUAAGGAAGCAGAGGAAAAGCUUAGCGAAGUCUCUCAGUUUUUUCGUGAUAAGACAGAGAAACUGAACGAUGAGCUUUCUUCCCCCGAGAAGAAGUCCCGUAGGUCCGACUUUAGGGAAACACGAUCAGGGCCUAGCUCUACGCACAGCAGUCCUGAAAGAUCAGCAUACAGGAAUGGGGGCAGUGGUGAAGAAUGUAGAGACCGUUUCAGAGACAGGUUUGGCUCCAAUGAUAGAAAAUGUGCUAGUUUACCAAGCAGCCCAGAGAGGAGAGUGCUGCUACAAUAUAAGGAUGACAAUAGAAAACCAGGGGAUGGCAUCUCACAGGGCAAUGUGGGUGAUGCCUCUAAACCUUUUCAAAUGUCAUCCUCCAAAGUCAGCGCUGUUAGGCUACAUUUUGAACAAGAGGCUCAAAAGCAAGAUAUGGGUCCACAAUGGGGACACACAUCAAAUCCCCCAGUAAGAAAACUCCUGGAAAGUAAGCUGCCUGUGUAUCAGGUUUUUGCAGGCUCAAAUAUCCCCAAAUCACCAGACAGUCCAGGAUGUACAAGGAAGGUUCUAGAAAGUGAGGUAAGAGGAUCUAGUGGACCAAGCCCCAGUGCUAAUAGGUAUAUUUACUCAUCUCCUAAACACGGCACAAACGGAAAUGAACAGGAAGAAAAAAAGUCCUUCAAAACUUGGGAAUGUCAUGGAAAUGGAAACUAUCAACCCCAAGUGUCAAUUCACAAAGACCACAAUUCACAAAGAGAACAGCAGGGUUUUAGAGAUGGAAUAGCCAGAAAAGAAGAGACAACCAAGAAAAUAAUUUACACAGAGCUUGUGGUCCGAGAAAACCCAAAUAGUACCGGUGGUCUAAAAAAAAACUCGGAAUCGCAAAUUCCUGUUAGAAUGCCAUCUAGUUUCUCAGAAAAUCAUCAAUCCACUUCAUUAAAAUUUGAUACCUCUGUUAAACUGUGUGAAAGGCCAGGGUUACAAAUACCUACUUUAGCUAGAAAUAGGUUACACAGCGGCUCUGAAUCCAGAAAAUCCACAAACGGCUCAUCAGUAGAAAAAUCAUCUGAUUCUUUUGAUAGUAGUCAGUCAACUGUAGUGUGUAAUGGUAUAGAUAGCGAUCAAGUAGGGUACUUGGAAAACAUUGUUACUGAGGGUUACAAAGACAUCAAACCUUUGCCAGUUUAUGUUAGCAUCCAAGUGGGCAAAAAAUACGAAAAAGAAACAGCUGAGCAGCUGGGAACAUACAAAAAGAUAGUGAGUCACGAGAGUCGAACAGUGCAUGAGACACGGGGAGCGCGUUACACCAUUAAACAAAAACAGACCCCAUCUCCUCAAGGCAGCCCAGAGGAUGACACUCUAGAGCAAGUUACUUUCAUGGACAGCUCUGGCAAAAGUCAUGUUACUCCUGAGACACCAAGUUCUGAGGAGGUGAGCCUUGCCUCCAGAACGCCAGAUUCCGUGAUUGGAUACAUGCCCGGAAUGCCCAUUCCAAUAGCAGAGGAGUCUGAAGAAGACGAAGGAAAGACCUUCGUCUACAAGGAGUCUCUGCCAAAGAAAACCAAGCCUGCCUCAUCAGAACCCUCCAACCGAAAUCAGGAAACACUGAAACGACACAAAGAGAAAAGAGUCGCUUACAUUGAGUUUCCCCCCCCUCCACCUUUAGAGGCAGAGCAUUCUGACCCUGAUAAGAGGGGAUCUUGUGCCUCCUCAGAGGCUGAGACAGAGAUGAUGGAGGUGAACCUCCAAGAGGAGCAUGAUCGGCACCUCCUUGCAGAGCCCAUCAUCAGGGUUCAACCUCCCUCUCCAGUUCCACCUGGAGCAGACGACAGCGACUCUAGCGACGAUGAGUCUGUCUUCCAUCCGAUUCCCAACAAAAAGUACACCUUCAAGAUGAAGGAGAAGGAGGAAGGAGAGAAGCGUCUAAAACCCCAAAAGCCUGAGAGGAACGGAAACAACAAGGAGUCAGGCACGAAUGGCGUUGAAAAAGAAGAGGAUGUAGACUUAGAGAAAAAUGGCAACGACCAGUCAAUCACAGACUGCUCCAUAGCCACAACUGCUGAGUUCUCUCAUGACACAGAUGCCACUGAAAUAGACUCACUCGAUGGCUAUGACCUUCAAGAUGAGGAUGAUGGAUUGAGUGAACAAGACCCUAAAACAUCAAGCCUGUCCAAUGACGGCAAGACAUGUGAUCGUUCCUUUAGUCAAUCAAAGCUUGAAGUCAUAGAGGAGGAGAAAACACCAAGUGAGGAUGGAGGGGAUAAUGGGAAAGCAAACUCAGACCAAAACACCGGAGAUGAAAAAGACUACACUCUUGAGGGAAGACAUCCAGAUAGACAAGACUUUGCAGAUAACUAUUUUCGUUGUCAACUCGAAGAGGAGUUAAACUCUACCUUCAAAACAGUCGCCACGAAAGGCUUAGACUUUGACCCCUGGUCAAGCAAAGGGGGAGAAGGAGAAGGAGUUUUUGAUGCCAAAGCGAGAGAAGAAGAUCCCAAGCCUUUUGGUUUGUCUGUGGAGGACAAAUCUCAAGCCACCACUCCAGACACUACCCCUGCUAGAACCCCGACUGAUGAAAGCACACCGACUAGCGAGCCUAACCCUUUCCCCUUCCAUGAGGGGAAGAUGUUUGAGAUGACGCGCAGUGGUGCAAUUGACAUGAGCAAGCGGGACUUUGUUGAAGAGAGGCUUCAAUUUUUCCAGAUUGGUGAGCAUUCCUCUGAUGGGAAAUCAGGGGACAAGGGGAGAGGGGGCAAGAGUCCGGGGGUAGUUACCUCUCAGUCAAAAACAGGGGAGAGGGGUGAAGGGGUGAAGUUAGAGACUGCCACAGACAGCAGCACAUCAGCAAAGUGCAGCCCUGCACAGACUGGCACUGACACUGGCUGUACCGAUGCGCCUUCUGGUGACACAGUAGCCGAGACCACGUCCUCAUUCACGAUUACGGCCUCUAAAGUUGACCCCAAAUUACGCACCCCCAUUAAGAUGGGAAUAGCCAUUACAGUGAAAAAAGACUUGGGGGAUCACACAGAUUAUAAGGCAGAGAUGUCAGAAAGUCAGAUGCCAGAAUACAUUAGCUUGGAAAACCAGUCACUGGGGAGUCAGUAUAGCGGAUACAGAGACCCAAAGCUGUCAGAAAGAAGAGAUUACCCUGCAGAGAACUGCAAUAACAACAAUAACCUUGAGUCCUCUAGCGUCCAGGCUAACUAUAUACAAUGUGGCAGUGUGGUGUUUAAUUUGCAGUCGUCUUCUGAACCCACCCUUCAGAAAGCCAGUAGGAUUGAAGCUUUGUUCUGUAGAGACUCUCUAGAAGUAGAAGAAAACAGUGUUCGGGCUGAACAAAGACAAAGUGAAGCCAUCAAGGAAGCUGAGGCGAAGCAGCAAAAGUCUAGGCUGCCUGUCAAAGCGCCAGGGUGGUCGUUCCAUACACAAGGCACAGCAAUAGGGAAGCAAAAACCCAAACAGGUUGUCAAGGCUGAGGUGAGGAGAAGAGCAGAGCCUGUCAUUGCCAAAGUAGAGCCCAGGUCUAGAAUCCCAAUCAAAGAUAUUAAAAAGAGCAGCACACCCAGCUCCCCAAUAUCAGUGCAGGCAACAACUCAGUCUAGCAGGGAAAGAGUAGCUAUACAGUUUCCUUCCAGGUUGCCCAUCAAAGACAGGUCUCAGGUUAGCUCGUCAGGUGAGACGAGUAGGGAGAACGCCAGCGAGGUUUGUAAACGCACCAUCGAGUACUUUAAGGGCAUUAGCGGGGAGACGCUAAAGCUGGCCAACCGCCUAUCAGACGAAGAGAAAAAGACACAGGGAGAACAGUCCGAGGAAGACAGCACCUCCAGGAGCACCUCUCUGUCGGACCCCUCUCAGCCCUCCCGCUCGUCGAGGUCUGGUAGAGGCUCGAGAGCUGAGGCCGGGGCCUUGUCCGUAAGGGCAAAGGUCGACAGGGCCUCCGGCAGUGAGAGGAGCAGGAGGAGUAGGCGGACUGGUGGGAAGGAGGGCAGUCAGGUUGCGGGGCCUCGGGCGCCCCCCGUCGCGGAGAUCAAGCCUAGUCCUCAGAGUCCCUGUGAGCGAACAGACCUGCGGAUGGCCAUUGUGGCCGACCACCUGGGACUUAGCUGGACUGAGCUGGCUCGGGAAAUGAACUUUUCUGUCGACGAGAUCAACCACAUCCGAGUGGAGAACCCCAACUCCCUGACAGCGCAGAGCUUCAUGCUGCUCAAGAAAUGGGUCAGCCGGGACGGUAAAAACGCAACGACGGAUGCCUUAACUGGAGUGCUGACCAAAGUCAAUCGGAUGGAUAUUGUGACUUUACUGGAGGGGCCGAUAUUUGACUAUGGUAACAUUUCAGGCACGAGAAGUUUUGCCGAUGAUAACGCUGUUUACCUGGAUCAGGCUGAUGAUUAUCACUGCAUCCUAGCGGAGCUGCAGUCCCCAGCCCAACUGCACUCUGACCCUUCCUUCACAGAGCUCUACUCUGAACCCCCUACCCUCACCAUUGACCCCGAACCUUCCCCUGUCCAGCUCAAGCCAGACCCUCCUAUCUUCAUCCUCACCCAGUCCGAGUCCUGGGCCGACCACAUGGAGCCUGACUCCUCCAAUAGGAGCCCUUCUAGACCCUAUGAGCUGUCCCUGUACAUUCCCACCCUUGACUUAGAUCCCACCGCUGCCACCAACACAGGAAUGGCUGAAGGUGACCAGGUGCUGAUAGUGGAAGAAGAGAAAAAGGAAGUGGACAUAAGCCAACAGAUGUCAUUCGCUUCCCCUGAACAGUGUGAAGUAGAAAAAGAGGUCAAAAAACAAGUCUCCUUCUUCUCAUCAUCUUUGUCCUCCCCAUCAUCACCUUGGCAAGAACAGCAGGACAGCAGACGGGCAGGGGCUGAGGAGGUCGUGAAGGGAGAUGGUGAGGAAGUGGUAGAGGCAGGUCAGAUGGUGGAAAACGGGGAUAAAGUGGUAGAAGAGGGGGACAAUAAGAUGGUCUUGGAGGGGGGUAAGGAGCGAGAGAAUGGGGCUGAGGUGGCGGAAGAGGGGACUAAGGUGGUGAAAGAGGGGGAUAAUAAGAUGGUGUUGGAGGGGGGUAAGGAGCCAGAGAAUGGGGCUGAGGCGUUGGGGGAGCAGGGAGUGUCUGGUUCCACUGAGGAAAAGGAUGGAGAUGAAAAUGAGAUGACAGAAGACAAGUUGAAGUCGCUGUUGGAGGAUAUUCAUUUGGAGGAAGACUCAGAGGAAGAGGAGGGUGAGGAAAUGACGGAGGCCAAGGUUCAGGAGAUUCUCAGUCAGGUGAAGCAGGCAGAAAAAGACAUGUGUUCACUUCCAGGUUGGCACAGUGAGACAUUCAGCGUCAACGUGGAGCCGCCCACACCCGGACGCAGUGUGAGCUCAGACCUGCUAGACCGCCAGGAAAAUAGCCAGGAGAACUCCAGUGACUCCGCCACCUCUUCCUCUAGAGUGGAGCCAGGGAGGUCCAGGCACAAUGGCGAUCACACGGAGCUACCACCUCAUGACGGGUCACUUCCUCUAUCGCAGGAAUCAGCCAACAGAAGAGCUGGACAUGGGAAGGAAGAAGGCGUACUUGUGUCUGAGAAGAAAGUCCAGCAGCGUUUUAGUGAGUCUGGCACUGAUGAGGAACAAACCGUCACCACCAGGGUGUUUCGGCGCCGGGUCAUUCUUAAGGGAGAACAGGCAAAGAAUAUUCCAGGCGAAUCAGUGACAGAAGAACAGUUUACCGAUGAAGACGGUAACAUCAUCACUAGAAAAGUCAUCAGAAAAGUCAUCAGGCGGGUGUCCAUGCCUGACGACCAGGGCGGGGACAGGGGGAGGUGGGACCGAGGAGACCUCUGGCCUUGCCCUUUCUCACUGGAAGAGGAGCUAGAGCAAGGAGAUGGAGCUAAAGGCAGGAGGAAGGAGGAGAGGUUGGGAGAAAAGAAGCUUCACUCGUAGGGCUAGCUGUGCUCCACCAGGUGUGCAGGAAUUAUUCUCAUCGGUUUCCACGGGCAGAAAGUUACACACAACUAGAAACUAAAGGAAAAUAGGACAUUUCAGCCAAUACUUCCAACGUGUGGUUUUCAAGUGUGAAGAACUUGACCCGUCUGAUUUUAGCAUGAGCAUGAAAAACUCACUCCCUGUCAAUUGAGGGAUCUGGAAGGUUCUCACCAUGGAAUCUGAAUUCUAAUUGUACAGCUCUCACUUCCUGUGGUCUAUGGACCAGAAGAAUUAUGCUUCCUGUUUGUGACUCGUAACGUGCCAUUGGUGUCAUGAGAGCUUUUGAGGAGCAUUGUGGUGACACUGAAAAAGGACUCCAUUACAGAAAAACUACAAGUGGUCAUGAGAAAAAACAUUGGUGUCGUGAGAGCUUUUGAGGAUCAUUGUGAUGAGACCGAAAAAGGACUCCAUUACAGAAAAACCACAGGUGCAACUGAACAUACACUUCCCUGUGACCAAAGAUGGCACAAAAGCUCAAUUCUAGUAGUAGGAGAAAGAAACUCAACAAAAUUACACAAGAACAAGAGGAUCACUUCUGAUCCACCUCCAACACUCGCCUUAUAGUUUUUUUCUUGGACCCAUAAAUGUCAGGUUGUAAAUUGCUGGGGUUUUUGUUUUCCUUUAUAAACCUGAAAAUAACAAAACUUUUUUCUGUAUAGAAAUUACAAUCUGUACAAUUCUAAAAUGAUGAGUUACAAGAUUAUCAUGCAGAGGAGAGAACUUUACAAGUGCUUUCAACAUGAUUAUCAAAAUGGUUCAAGAUUUGAGUGAACUUCACAUGUUGUUGUAUAACUAAUUAUUAUAGCAGGUAUAACAUUUGUAUAUGAAAAAAGCUGGUUUGAUUUUAACUGAGGAAAUUUCCAGAAAAUCUUCUGCAAAUUUCAGUGAUUCCCAAAAUGGGGAUGUAUCUAAUUCUGCAAAAGCAGUCUUUCAGAGUACUCAUAUUUUCAUGCAUGCCUUUCACAUUAUUUUAAGUAAAAUUUGUACAAGUUUGAAAACACUGUAUUAAAAAUUAGAAUUAAAACCCUUUAUCUGUGUACAACUAUAGCCUUAACAUUUGUCACCUGUUUUCUAUUUGAAAUUAGAAAAAAAAUAAAAACCAUAAGUGUUUUUUUUGUCUCGGACGAGGAACAGUAUGAAGAAAGUUUGUUCUAUAGCUUCUUGAGGAUUUUACCGUUUGUCUAUGUACAACUGAAGGGCGGCUUCUGCAGGGUUUAUCAUAAAUGCUAUGAGAAAGGAGUAAUCUGAAUGUAUAUGCUAGAAGACUGUCUCGCUGUAAAAUUAUAAAUGUAUUGUGUGUAUUGGCUAUAAGGUGUAGGGGUCGCUGUACGCUGUAAGACUGUUUGUAAUCAUUUUAGCAGUGUGUCAAUUGGUUUUUAUAAAGGCUGCUGUGGUUUUAAAGACGAGGGUUUGGGGAUUUUGGGAAGUAUUUCCUCAAGUUUAAUCUACUCACAUAAAGACACACAAGGCAUUCUUUGAUUGUAACUCUUGAUAGCAUAUGUAUGACAAAAACACUGGAUGGUCAAAACGAUUAUUUAAGCAUAAAAUAAAUUGUGUUGAACUCUGAAAUUGUGUGAUCUUUUUAGGCUUGAGAAUCUGUAUGCAGUGUCUAACUAGCAUUGUUUUGAUAGCUCAAUGGCGAUUACUUUGCAUUAGAUCUUCUCUUUGUAUUGGUUAGACUAGAGGCCCAUGUAGUUCAAGUGUGGUGUUAUUCUGGUGUGAAGGCUCAAACUUAGUGUGAUGAUGUUUAUGCUGUGGACAUGACAACCAUGUAAAGGACUUCAUUUAUUUUGACAAGUGAAGCAAUUUAGGGUAUUGUAUCAUAUAUCCUAUCUUACAUGUCAAUCAGGGGGUAGAGGGUAAUUUGAUAUGGUUGAACUAUCAAUUUUGUCAAUUUUGUUUGAUAUGUGUUUUCAACUGAGCAAAUUUUUUCGAUGUACAAUUCUUACUAACAGAGUGAAGCCAUUGAAAUGUAACUAUUCUAGCACUUUGGUUAUUCAAAGUCUUCUUUUAGAGGCUAUAGAUGCAAUGACGCCACCACAAUGUUUCAAGCGUCUUAAAAAAAUGUAAUUUAAAAACAAAAUAAAUAAAAAAGCAUUGGUUUUGAAA